AUGUGAUGAGCAUGUUUUAGAACAAACUUUCUUCAGCGAACCAGCAGAACGUCGAGGACAUUAGGAGGACUAUUAUAACUUUUCCCGCAUGAACAGCUUUACAAACGGAGUAACUUUUGAAACACUUCAUCUUUACAUCUAAUUUGGAAUUUUCCAACGAGAAAGCGUUUCACGGUGGAGGUGGGAUGGGAAUAAGUCAAACUUGAGACAGGGAGUUGUCAUGUUUGGUUGAGUGGUAAGGAGGAAAAAGCCUGUUCUUUUUCUCUCGUCUAUUUCUUCAAGAGGACUGUCUCAUGUCCACGGAGACCGUCUUACCACCAGAAGGGCCUCCUGGGCCAAAGGACCAUGAACCGGAGAAUAGUCCUCUUCUCCGAAACUCUAACGAUGCUUGCAACUCUAAGGAAUCAUCUGAAACUACAAACCCAUCCAGAGCAACAUGUCCCAGACGGAUGUCCACUGAAGGACAAAGUCACGUGACGGGGGAAAACCCCAUCUCCUCUGAUCCUAUACAAACUCAACCUCAAUCGCUGCCCCAGCCAACUGCCUCUGUGCAGGGAGAGCCCGCUGAGGGAGGAGAGGACGCUGCUUCUGCCAAGAGUCAGCAUGGCCGCCAAUCCUCCUCCGGCCUGAGCAAUGGCAAUGGAAUUCGCCGGCAGUGUUCCUGUGGGGCGGAGCAACCCAGGAGGCAGCACGCGGCGGCCGGAGUCUCCCAGAAGAUGCAGAACAAGCUGCGUUCUAGCCUGUCAGUCAACAGCGACAGCAGCCGACGGAGUAAGGGCAGUUCCACUGGAUCCCACAAGCCCGGGACAUUGCCAGACGACUGCUGUGUCCACUGUAUCCUGGCCUGCCUGUUCUGUGAGUUCCUAACCCUGUGCAACAUGGUGGUGGCUCAGGCCAGCUGCGGCACCUGCACCUCUGAGGCCUGCUGCUGUUGCUGCUGCGGUGAGGACCUCGGAGAUGACUGUAGCUGCCCCUGCAUGGACAUGGACUGUGGCAUCAUGGACGCCUGCUGCGAGUCCUCCGACUGCCUGGAGAUCUGCAUGGAAUGUUGCGGCAUCUGCUUCCCCACAUAGGAAGGGCGGUGGUGGGGACGGGUGGGGCAGUGCUGCUGCCACCCUGCUAUUUGUACUGUAGGCUCCAGGAGAGAGGGAGGCACGACAAAAGAGGGUGCAGGUUAUUGGGGGGCGUGUGCUUGUGUGUGUGUGAAGUUGUAUUACUAUAUUUGUGAGGACGUCUGCGCGCCCUCAUAGUCACACAUGGUAAAUCAGGACUAGUGAAGAUGUCACCUUCGUAGUCGCAGAUGGUGAAUCAGGACUAGUGAGGACGUCGCCCUUGUAGUCACACGUGGCAAAUCAGGACUAGUGAGGACGUCAACCUCAUAGUCACACGUGGUGAAUCAGGACUAGUGAGGACACUAUGCUGGCCUUCCCUUUUAUAAAUGGCUUGUUUAGGCUUAUCGUUUAUGGUUUUAAUGGGGUGUUUUAUUAUUAUUAUUUUUAUCAAGUAUCAGUUGAAGUGAUGCUUUUACAGUGGAUAUAAAGUCUACACACCCCUGUUAAAAUGCCAUGUUUUUGUGAUGUAAAAGAAU